GCAAUGGCGGUCUAGUGAAGCUGUUUAUGUUAUUGAAUUGUUUUGCAAAGUCUUGUAAAGUUGUUAUGGAUUUGAAUCAUAAUAUAUUGUGUUUGUGAAUUCUUAAAGUAAAAUAUAAUUAAAAAUGAAUACUCCACCACCUAAUAAAAAAAAGAGAAAUAGACUUGGUGUUCAAAUCGAUUCUACAAGUAUUACAAAUAAUGAAGUAUUAAAUGUUCAAGAAGCAGCAAGGUUUAUUUUGGUACAUCCCAUAGGUGAGGAUAGUAAUAAGCCAGUUAAAAUAGAUAUAAACGAACCAAUUCCUGUUAUAAGUAUUAAAAGCAGUGCACAGGAUGAGAAAACAUCUUCAAAGGAAAAUUCUAAUUUAGAUAAAGAGAAAGAAGUUCUUAAUAAUUUACCUAUAGCAAAAUUUAGAGAAAUAGAAGGAUAUGAAGAACAACUUGGAGAGGCCGAGCCUCUUCCAAAUUCUUACGUUAGGUUUAUGGAACGCAGUGGAGAAGAACUUGAUGGAGAAGUAGAAUAUGAUUUGGAUGAGGAAGAUACCGCAUGGCUAUCUAUAGUGAACGAAAGGCGAAUAGCCUCAGGACUUCUGCCUCCAUUAGAACCAGAUAUAUUUGAAUUAUUAAUGGAUAGAUUAGAAAAGGAAUCUUAUUUUCAACAAGAAAGUAAUGGUGGAGUUGGUAUUGCCGCUGAUGAAGAUGCAGUAUGUUGUAUAUGUAUGGAUGGAGAAUGUCAAAACAGUAAUGCUAUUUUAUUUUGUGAUAUGUGCAAUCUUGCUGUCCAUCAAGAUUGCUAUGGUGUACCAUAUAUUCCUGAAGGACAAUGGUUAUGUAGAAGAUGUUUACAAAGUCCAUCCAGAGCUGUUGAUUGUGUAUUAUGUCCAAAUAGAGGUGGUGCUUUUAAACAGACUGAUCGUCCAGCAACAUGGGCUCAUGUAGUAUGUGCUUUGUGGAUACCAGAAGUAAGAUUUGCUAAUACAGUUUUCCUGGAACCAAUAGAUAGCAUAGAAAGUAUUCCUGCAGCUCGUUGGAGGCUAGCUUGUUCUGUUUGUAAACGUAGAGGUGCAGGUGCAUGUAUUCAAUGUCACAAAACUAACUGUUAUGCAGCAUUUCAUGUUACCUGUGCACAACAAGCAGGCCUUUGUAUGCGUAUGCGAACAGUACAACCUGCUAAUGGAGAACCAAUGCUUGUUCAAAAAACAGCUUAUUGUGAGACACAUACACCAGCAGAUUAUCAACCUUCUACAAAUCCUGCUGAUGCAAGACGAAGAGCAAUAGCUAAUAAAAAGAGUUCAUCUGCGCCAGUUAUAUCAAUACCUACGAUACCACCUGAACGUAUAAAAGAAAUUGCUAGUUUAGCAGAAGGUAUCCCAAAGAAAAGCCAGUUGAUUCAACGUCUUAUAGCAUACUGGACACUGAAACGUCAAUACAGGAACGGUGUUCCUCUUCUAAGAAGAUUGCAAAGUUCGCAUCCACAAUCAAGACCUCCUCCAUUAGGAGGUAAUUAUUCGCCAUCUCCAGAUAGUGAAUUACGCGGAGAACUUUACCGUCAACUUAAAUACUGGCAAUGUUUACGACAGGAUUUAGAACGUGCUCGAUUACUAUGUGAAUUAGUACGGAAACGAGAAAAGCUGAAGAAAGAAUUAUUUAAAGUGAAAGAAAAAUGUUUAUGGUUUGAAUUACGACCUUUAGAAAGUAUUUUGAUUAUGUUAUUAGAAGCUAUUAAAUUAAGAGAUGUCAAUGAUGUAUUUGGUCAACCAGUUAAUAUUAAAGAAGUUCCUGAUUACCUUGACAUAGUUUCACAUCCAAUGGAUCUUUCUACUAUGCAAAAUAAAAUCGACAGACAGGAAUAUGACACUAUUGGUGCUUUUGAAGCAGAUUUUAACUUAAUGGUUAAUAAUUGUUUGGCUUAUAAUCGUAAAGAUACUAUGUUUUAUAGAGCAGGAUUGAAAAUGAAAGAGCAGGGUGGUUUCCUUAUAGAACAAGCUUGUAAAGAUUAUCCAGAACUUAAUACUCUUUGUCAAACAGAGCCAAGUGUUACUAAAUCUAGAAAAAGAGAUAGAUCUAGUCGUAAUCGCAAUGAAAUAGAAUUAAACACAGGAGAAAAAGAAGUAGGGGCUGGUGGUGUCAAUCGAAGAACAGCUGUGCUGUUUACCCGUAAGGCCAAAGCUCGUGCUAGCAGAAGCGGACAAAUGUUUCUUCCAGAACAUAAUCAAAAGAAACAAAGCGAUAGUUUCAAAGUGUACAGAAGUGGAACAAUGGAUAGUGAUGUUGGUGAAGGAGAAAGUCAAUCAUCAAGUUGUAGUAGUUGUUCAACAAGCAGAUCUGCUACACCAGAACAAGAAGAAGAAAAACAGAUAUUAAAUACUAGCGAAACUAAUACAGAAACUAAUAACAAAGAAGAAAGUAAUGAGAAUAUUUUAGAAGCCUUACAGCUUGUAUGGGCCAAAUGUCGCGGAUAUCCUUGGUAUCCAGCUCUAAUUAUAGAUCCUAGUACACCUCGUGGUACCGUACAUAAAGGUGUGCCUAUUCCAGCUCCUCCUGACGAUGUAUUAGCGUUAGCAAAUAAUUACAAAGAACCAGUCUUCCUUGUUCUUUUCUUUGACACAAAACGCACUUGGCAAUGGUUACCUGGUGAAAAAUUAGAAAAAUUAGGUGCAUCUAAACAAGUUGAUGCAGCUAAAUUAAUUGAAUCCCGUAAACCUGCUGAUAGAAAAGCUGUAAAAAAGGCCUAUCAAGAAGCUUUACAUUACCGGAAACAAACACAUGAUACUGCAUUAAAUCCACCAUCAAACGUGUAAUUUAUGUAUCUAGUAGUAUUUUGGAAGUAUUCCAAUUUUUUAUAAAUUUCAACUUGUUCUAUGAAACAUUGAUUACGACUUAUUUUUAAAAACCAUUUAAUAAUUAUAUAGGAAUAUAGUAAUAAGUAUGUAUGUAUA